CAGUCCAUUGUUGUCUGCGAUUUUAGUUUGUUGUGUUUUGUUGAUAUUGAUAUUGAAUUUAAAACCCUUAAUAAUGGCCGAGGAAAUCGACGACAGUGAGUUUUACCGGGAAAACUUCAGUGCGGAUUCCGAUUGGGAGGUAUUCAACGCCCAACUCGGCGAAAUCCUGCAGAAAUGGGACUGCGCUGAAUCUGACGUGGGCAGGAGUCUCAAAUCUGAGGAAAUCUUUCGUUGCAAGUGGAAAGUGGAGAUGGAAACGUUGGACAUGCUUAAAAAUGGCAUAGAAGUGGAGUACCAUCAGGCCAUCCUAGAAGAUGAGGAACUAACCAAGGAGGAGAUCACGGAGAAUCCCUGCCUGCAGCGCACCAAUUGCCAUCAUGACCUCAUAUCGAAUGAAAAUAGCUUUGGUCCUCCCAUCAGAAGUUCCCAGGAUCUGCACAUCCUGGCCAGGAUCUACGGCCUCAGACGCUUUAUCGUCCUGCAUCCCGUGAAUCCCAAUCUCAACUACAUGAAGUCCACCUCGGAGUUCAAUUUCUUUCUCAGUGCCGUGGCCGUGGUAUCCGCUGAAGUUCAGAGCGUGGUUCCCAUCUUUGUGCAGAUCUACGAUCCCAAAUGGAACUUCUACACGGGCGUGGCCUUAGCUCCUGGUUUGAGGACCAAUUUCAGGCUCAUAGGACUGGAGAAGGCCCCGUCCGAGUGUCGGUUUCUGAUGGGUCUGCUCACUUUGUUCAGGGAAAAGGUACCCACGUCGUACUCCCAGGCGGCCAUGAUCUCUGUUUGCACCACCUAUGCUCUGGACACCAUGCGCAUCCGCAUGCCCAUGUAUGUGCCCUUUGAUCGUGGUCUCAGCUCUGAGGACAUUGUGGUCGACGGCGAGGUUUCGCCACUGGAACUUCAACAGUUCUAUGCCUUACCACAUGGCUACACACCUGAGUCCUGCACGGAAAUCUAUCUGGUUUACACCUGGCCGGAGUUAUCCGAACACGUGGCCUUCGACAGCGAGCAGAGAACAGAUUUUGUGCCCUCCAAAGCUCCGCUCGGCAAGAUUUACCUCUCGGUUGAGGCCUCAUCAUAUCUAUCCUGCUGCCUGCGGGAUUAUCAGCAUGUGGCCGGAGUUACUAGAUCCCUGGAGUCCUUUGUGGGCAGAAAUUUCUCGGGCACUAGCAGCGGAGCUGAAGCAGGAUCUAAUCCUUUGGAUCGAAUCACGGAACACAAGCUCACCACGCGCAGAGAUCGCCCUUACGAGUUGCCCUCACAGGCGGGGUUAACCAAACGAUUGCCAGGUCCCAUGACUGAAAGCGAGUUGAGCGAACUUUUGGCCUAUCUCUUCCCCGACAUGCAUCCAGAAAUGGCGCUGUUUCCCUACGCCAAAAAGAGCUUCAAGGAUAAGUUCGAUCCCAUGAGAAUCAAGAGCGCCGUUCCCAAUUCUUUGGUUUGCCGUCUCAGUUGUCUUUUGGCCACCUGCCACGCCCACUUGGGCAGCGUAGAGGGCAUGGCACAAGUGUGGGCGGCCUUCACCCGCCAACUUCGAUUAUUGUGGGAUAAUUCCUUAACAGUUCCAGGAGUUUCCGCUGGCUUUCCCGACACGCGCACCUGCCUCCUCCACCAAAAGCUGCAGAUGCUCAACGUUUGCGUGAAACGUCGCGUGCAACGGGAGGCGAAUAGCAAACUAAAAUCUGAGGGGAUGGUGAGAAAAGUCAGUUCCGAAGAGGAGGAGGACGACGAGGAGGACGAGGGCGAGUUCUUCGACUGCGAUGAUCUGACUGCCGGUUCUGGUGCUCCCACGAAGGCAGUUCUUAGCCUAAAACCCGAGGGUCGACUGAGCCGUUUAAACAAUGAGCGAUUGCUGGAGGAACCGGAGGAGUAUAUAUAUGUCCCACAGACCCAGGAACCUGUGCCAAAAACCGAAGAUCAGCUGCAGGACGAUGCCGAGGUCAUGCUGAAAUUGGGACCCGGUUCCGGCUUGACCACCCAAAUGAUGUGCACUUCGUUGCUAUCCGACAUGGAAGCCUUUAAGGCCGCCAAUCCCAGGGGCAUAAUGGAGGACUUUAUUCGCUGGUACAGUCCCAAAGAUUGGGAGGAGGUCACUGAUGAAUUGGGUGAGGUGAAACAUCAGUUAAGCGUAAGAAUGACUACUGAGGGCAAUACCUGGCAGAAAGUCUGGGAACAGGCCCAAGCGGUUCCUAUAACCAGACAGAAAAGACUAUUCGAUGACACCAACGAAGCUUUAAAGGUACUUCACUAUAUGGAGACCCGUAAAAUGCACGAGAUCUACAAUCUGACCAUAGUUCCCUUACUACAUUCGUCUAUAUUGAAACUUAUAGACAUUCUAAGCAAUGCCGACGUAGAGGAUUUAUUUUGCUCACAGAUCGAGCGACUUCUCACCGAUUUGUGUCGACUGUCACGCUCACAUUCUGAUCAACUUCCCCCAAUAAAACCAUUACUAGAUGACUUGGCUGAACUGGAACGUCGCUUCUACCAAUUCAAAUGCUUCGAACGGCUUUCGGGAUAUCCAAAAAAGAGCUCUCUUCGCCAAGUUAAACUUCAGUUCGAGGAAAUCCUUCGCAAUGAGAAUUGUUGCACAAUUGUAAAUCGAAGACUGACGGCAGCUGGAGAUGGCACUUUAUACGAUGUACUCAUACCCAAGCUGGAGCAGGAUAUGGCUGAUCGGCUGAUUAGCAAGGAUUAUAUUAUCAGACUGGAUGGCGAUACGAAUAGCACAGAGAAGGGAUUGUACUUGGGUCCGCAGUUUAUGAGGGCCAUUGUCACCGGCGAGAAACUGAGACUUUGUGGAGCUUUUACCGAAAGUACAGCUUUUGUUUAAGAAUGGGAAACUAUUGUGUAAGUGAUAAAUGUUAUCUUUUAACGGAUUUAAUCAUUGAAGAGCAAAUCAGGACAAGAAUAAUGCUUAGUAAACUGAACGAUGAAUCAAAAUAGAAACCAUUACGGUUUUGAAUAGAACUAUUUGGAAAAGACAUGCAUUUGCUUCUUAAAACUCCAGGCAGCACAAAAAAUAUUUAAAUAUUAUAAAAUAAUAUUAGAAUGAAUAAUUUAUUAUGCUACUCAAAUUGGUGUUAUUGGUGCUAUAUGAAGAAAAUAAAAAAUGCAAUUAAUCAACUUAA